AUGGAUACUUUAAAGCUAUCAGGGCACUUAGAAGUUUUAAGGAAAGCAGAAAGGCAAAGACCAUUGAGAAAUAGUUUCACUACCGUAGCCGGUCGCAAACUGAUAAACAAUUUUGUUCUGGUCAUGAUGUUAACUAGCGUAGCUGGUAAGGAUAUUUUUUUCCGAGGUAUAUUCAAGUCACCGGUAUUGGCAUUUCAAAGUUAUCGUUACGUCUCGAUUUUGGGGCGUUUGAAACCAUCAGAUGGCUCCACAAAGUCUUUUAAAAGGCUUGGGCGUGGUCCCUCUAGUGGUUUGGGUAAGACAUCUGGGCGUGGUCAAAAGGGUCAAAAGGCACGUGGUAAAGUAAAAUCGUGGUUUGAAGGUGGCCAAACUCCAAUUUACAAACUAUUUCCUAAAGUUGGAUUUACUAAUGUGGGCGCCAAACCAUUAAAAGAGCUAAACUUGGAACGUAUUCAAUGGUUUCAUGAUAAGAAUAGGCUGCAUUUACAACCAGGCGAGGUUUUAGAUAUGAACAAGAUGAGAAAGCUUGGUCUGGUUACUGGUCCAAUAAAAUACGGAGUUAAGAUUCUAGCCAGUGGAAAGUUUCAUUACAAUCUACCGAUUGCUUUGGAGGCUUCGAGGGCAUCCGCUAAGGCUAUUGCGGCUAUUGAAAGAGCAGGAGGCAAAUUUACAGCUCGCUACUACACACCGUUAGGUCUAAGAGCACAUCUUAAUCCUCAAUGGUUUUUGGAGAAGAGAGGAAGAGUACCACUACAGGCUAGACCUACAAAAAGAAGGGAUAUUGAUUUCUAUAGUAAAGAAGAGAAAAGAGGUUACUUGGUAAUGGAAAAAGAUAAACUCUUACAAGAUAUCAAGAAUGCCCAAGAGAACGGUUCGAGACAUUUCUUGAAACAGAACGUAAAAAAGAGUGCAUUGGAAAUAGAACUAGAAAAGUUGUCUCCGGAGCAUGAUCAGGUUCCAGUUGUGUCUACUUCUAAAGUCAUGAACGUCAAGGCUUUGGGCCGCUAG